CGGAAGAGAAUAGAGGGAGUGAAAGGUCAGGGUGGGGGGGAACUAGUAAGGAGAAAGCAUGGCAGGUUCCAGUGGCAAAGAGAAAAGGCAGCAAAAAGAGCGAAGCGAUGAUCCGAAGGCGAGCGCGCCUGGUGGCUCCGAAGAGGGCCAAGGGACUCCUCCCGAGCAGAGCCAGGUUGCGUUUCCGCCGACGUUCAGUGUCUCCGAAAUUAAAAACAAGCAGCGGCGUCAUUUCAUGUUCCUUCGUUGGAAGCAGCAGCAGAGGAAGGAGAAAAUAGCCAUUAAAAAAAAGAGGAAAAAAGAGCGAGAAGCACUUGGAGACAAGGCACCACCAAAGCCUGUACCAAAGACAAUUGAAAACCAGCGUGUGUACGAUGAAACUACUGUUGAUCCAAAUGAUGAAGAGGUUAUUUUGGAUGAAGCUACAGAUGAAUUUGCACCCUACUUCAAUAGGCAGACUGUUCCAAAGAUUCUUAUCACGACAUCUGACAGACCUCGUGGGAGAACUGUGAGGUUCUGUGAACAAUUAUCAACAUGUAUUCCAAAUUCACACGUUUACUAUCGAAGAGGACUGGCUCUGAAAAGAAUUAUUCCACAGUGCAUCUCAAGGGACUUCACAGAUCUGAUUGUUAUCAAUGAAGAUCGCAAAGUGCCAAAUGGUCUUGUGUUGUCUCACUUGCCUGAAGGCCCAACUGCUCAUUUUAGGAUGAGUAGCGUCCGUCUGCGUAAAGAAAUAAAGCGAAAAGGAAAAGGCCCUACAGAACACCAGCCAGAAAUACUCCUGAACAACUUUACAACGCGAUUAGGCCACUCCAUCGGUCGCAUGUUUGCAUCUCUGUUCCCCCAUGAUCCUCAGUUUGUCGGUAGACAAGUAGCUACAUUUCAUAAUCAGCGUGACUACAUUUUUUUCAGAUUCCACAGGUAUAUCUUCAAAAAUGAGAAAAAAGUGGCAAUUCAAGAACUGGGUCCCCGCUUUACUUUGAAAUUAAGGUCUCUUCAAAAGGGAACGUUUGAUUCUAAGUUUGGAGAAUAUGAAUGGAUUCACAAGCGCCGUGAAAUGGACACCAGUCGAAGAAAAUUCCACCUAUAAAAGCAGACUAAGAAGGCAGAACAGCUAGAUGUUUUUCUGCUAACAAAAACAUAGGGGCUGGGAUGGUGACAUUCAGUGUUUUCCAUCAGACUUAAUAUAUGGAUAGAUGGAUGCCUGUCUCCUUCAGUGUUUUGGGUAUCUUUCUGAUUGUGCUAUUUACAAAAGCAGAAGACUUCAAGUUAUACAGCAAGAAACUUCGUCAUCUGCUCCCUGCUCACCCAAAGAUGUUGAGAAUUUUUUUCUCAGAAAUAGUGCAGGGUUAAGGACUUUUUGUGUGUGUGUGUUUUUGUAGUAAUUUUUGAACAUUACUGCCCUGUAAUUCUCAGUCAAACCAUUUUAGGACUAAAAUUUGCUGAUACUUGUUAUGAUGUUAAACAAUUUAAUUACAACCUGUCAUUUUAUCUAUAUCAGUUGUCAAAACUAAAUAUUUCUAUGAUUUUCCAUCCUA